AUUUUUAUUAGUUCUGUGCCAGUGCUCGUGAAGUAAAGUCGGUUCAGCACUAUACACAGCGUAUAACCGUAUAAUCAUUAUAAUAUUACUCAAUUAGUAACAAAAACCAUAGUCAAAUUAAGUCAUAAUGAUCGCACAUGUUUUGUUAUUAAGCUGCAUAGGUGUACUACUUGUCGGUGGAGAGCUUUUUCCGGGCAAGGUAUCGGUGUCACAAACAGUCUCGUUGAAUCCGAUUAUACCGAAUGAUGAACAAAGUAUAAAAGACUGUCCUUUCACGUACUAUAAGAACGCUAAAGAGGGAUUAGCGAGCUCAAUUCACAGAGAGCCAUACGAGGAUAAAAGUUUUUCACAUGUCGUAAAGGUGGAUACAAACGAUCUACGCUGCACGGGAGUGAUUGUUGAUAGCAGUCAUAUUCUUACCACAAAACAUUGCGCAUCGGAAAAUCCAAAAACGAUCAGUUUUCACAACGUUAGUCUCGGGAGCUGGGAAGUGAAAUCAAUAUCAUAUCAUCUCAGUCUCGACGUCGCUCUACUGCAUCUCAGAACAAGUUUGGCUGUAGGCAAACAGACUACACCAGCAUGCUUCUGGACAACGCCAACCAGUAGCGGAUUUCCAGUGAUUGAAUAUACAACUCGCGAUAACCUCAGCGGAAAUUUGUCGAAGACUAUCAUAAGAUGCCAACUUUCUGAACGUGCAUUUUGUUUCACAGAAGCUAAGAAAGUGAAGCACAGUUUCUUGGAAAUUCCAGCUGUCUCCAAUCAUCGCACUCAUCCUUUUGUUGUAGCACUGGGUGUUAAAGACGAUGGAUCGCUUCUAGAGGUAUCCAAUUAUAUUGAUUGGAUUGGUAUUGAAACCGGGUCCACGGUGGAUGCUAUUGACUGUGCUGUUAGGUAUUACAUUUAUAGAAGUUAUGAGAGCCGUACAAUCACACAUGCAACCGAUGAAUUUCAAUCAAUUCAGCUACAGAAUGCUUACAUAUCUCCUUCUGUGAACAAUGAGUAUAAAGUAUCUAUAGGACACUACAUGGAUGAUACUAAGAAAGAGCCAAUUGUCACAUACAGUUGUUAUGGGACGUUGAUCAGCCAACAAUACGUUCUGACAGCUGCAGGUUGUGUAACAGGUUUGAAUAAUUAUACAUUGCUGGUUAGGGCGAAUGAACUUGAGUCGUGGGUAAAACCAAACACUUCAAAUGUAAACAAAUGCAUGUAUUAUGAAGAAGCUUAUGUUUCGCAAAUAUAUAUUCACCCAAAUUAUUCAGAAACUCCUCUGAAUAAUGAUGUGGCACUGUUGCAGUUAGAUCCAAACGAGUUUCAAUUUGGAAAAAAAUUCAAACCGGCGUGUUUGUGGACUCACGAGCUUAUACCAAUUGAAGAAUUCCAAAGCAACGGUCAUGGACUUAAGAAAACUGUUAGUAUUGAGUACUCCAUCGAAGCACUACUUGCGGAUGAAGAGAAAUCUGAACUGUACUUGAUAUCUAAAAUAUUGGACGAAUGUCCGCUGAACUUGACUGAUAAUCAAUUGUGUGUUGGAGAUUCAAUUACUGUAGUACCAGGAACAUGUAAGAAUAAUAUUGGUUCGGCAAUGUCAAGAGAAGUAUGGGUAUUUGACAAAGUGUACCUCCACUAUAUUUUUGCUAUCAACAAUAAAGGAGAAAAUUGUGGAUUCAACACUCCAGCGAUAUUUACGAAAGUCUCCCCAUAUAUUCAGUGGAUUGAAAGUAUAGUUUUUGGAGAUAACCUACAAUAUGUAGAUACGAACAAAUAUCAUGGUGACGCAUGUUAUACUCCAAAUGGGAGUAUUGGAGUUUGUUUAACAAUUGAUGAAUGUCCGCAAAUAGUGAGUCAAUUAAAGGAUGCAAAUCUUACCAAUUCCAAUGAAAUUUUGUGUGGUUUUGAAAAAGAUGUUUCACUUGUUUGUUGCCAAACUAUAGGCCACAAUGUAAAUCUUGCGGAAAAAGAUCAUUCGAGAGAAGUUAUGACAGAAAUAGUAAACUGUCCGAACCUUUAUCAAGAGUUCAGAAGAACAAAAUCGCAAUACGAGUUAAGACAAAGGCGAGCUACGUUCGUGGCAACAUUGCAAGGCACCUCCGAAAACGAAACGUGUAACGCGGUUUUAAUUGCGAAAGAUUUCCUAAUCACAUCGGCUAGUUGUGUCAUCAGAUUGACUAAAAAUAUUGAAAUAAUGGUUCGAAUGGGCAAUAACACACUCCAGGACAGCAGGGUUAGAAGUACAUUUCUACAUCCAAAGUUCAACGCCCACACUCGCUACAACAAUAUAGCCAUAGUCAAAUUAACGACACCGUUUAAGAUGGAUAAUGAAGUUACUCCAGCGUGUUUGUGGCAAAGUCAUACCCACGUACCGUUUGUAUUGCAGGUGACGCGUUCCAAAGAUGCACCUUUCAAUUAUCCGGUAUUUCCACUUUAUCAAAAAACAUGUGAAAAGGUGUAUAUGGCAAAUCUUACCAAUUCAGAGUUAUGUGUCUUAGUGGAUUCACAUGUCGUUUCUGCGUCGAUGUCAUUGGAAUGCGAGGAUAGAGGCGCGGGCGUUUACAGCUAUUGGACUAAUGCUGAACACGACGUGGUUCAAGUGCCUUACUUAGUAGGGGUGUAUAAUCAGGAUACAGGAUGUGAUGAAAAUGAUGUUAGAAUAUUUACAAGAAUUAGUUCCCAUAUCAAUUGGAUUAAAAAUAUUGUAUUCAAUAAUGUUUAGUAAAAUGAUUACCACUACAUUGAUAAAACAAACACAAAGAUGGACAUCAAAAAUAGCAAUGAAUGCUAACACUUAUUAACGAAGCAAUGCCUGGAUCCGAAGGAUCAGAAGUUGUAGUACUUAGAACAAAUUCAUUUUCUAUCAACCAGUCACCAAUGAUAUCAGUGUAUUUAUCAGACCAGGCUAUAGUCUGAGAUGCCUUGCUUAAUGCUGUAGAUGCUGCUGAUUUGAGGGAAUCGGAGAAGUCGUUUCCAUAUUUUGCUGAAUAUCUUGGAACUAUAAAAAUAAAUCAUGCGUUAUUAUUAUACCCCGAAACAAAACAUGAAACUUCAAUCACCAGUUCGAAAGUUUGAUGGUUAUUAAUUCGAUUUCCGAUUUCUGCAAAAAUUCCUGUGAGUGAUGAGUACUUAUAGGCGAUAUCAGGGUAGUUUUUCAAAAUAAAAUUUAAGCUUUCGAAUAAUCCCUCGUAACUACCUUUGAUGAUGGCAGUAAGGAUUUCAGUUCUUUCAAUUCCGGUUAGUUGGAAUCCAGGUAUAUUAUUGAUUGUGAGACUCAGAUGAAAACUGAUCAUUGUAGUAUUUCUUGAACAUCCCAAGCCUGCGAUAAAUUGAGUUAUCAACCCACUUUCACUUUCUUGUAUUGGUAGAUAACGGUCAAAUAAAGCAGUCAGUGCCUCAGAUCCCAACGCCAUAUCAUACUUAUUCAAAGCACAAAAGGCUGCUGCUUGUUCCUCUUCUGGAAUUACGUAUGAGUCAUCAUCCAACAUUUGUUGAACCAGAGUUUGAGCAUCCUUAACACAAUUAUCUACUCCAAAGUAGCACGCCAAAUACGCAGUGUUACCGUGAUGUAGUCGAACAAUGUGAUUACUACGGUCGAUAAGACGAACAUUGCUGUAAAUGUUUACGGUCAGGCUUCUCAUAAAAUCUUCAAAUCGGGAAUAGUUAUCAUUGCCUAGAAGCAU